CCGUGUAUACCGGAGAGCGCAUAUCAUUCGUGCAGCAAACACGAGGAUUUUCAAACUAUGUACCUCAGGGAGACGCCCGCUUGGCUGCCCCUCCUCGCCCAGUACACUCUCGGUGUUAUUUAAGGGUUGCCUCGCCUAAUGCGUGAAACGGUCUUGGGUGUCUGUAGGGUGUUGUAAAGAAAGAAGAUGCGCUGGAGCUGGACAGAGUGUUUACAGUUCUUAACGGAUGAGAGGUUUUGGGGGCUCAGGCGACCGGCUCAAGCAAAGUUCAGUCUUGGAGGCUCUUCACCUUAGCUUUAGAUAAGUGCAUACGUAUAGGGCUUAUUGUGGUCGUUCAGUGGUGACACUGAGGACACAGCCACCUUUAUUGCUCCAGAGUUUAGCCCUGUCAUUGAAAACAGGUUCUGGGACUGAGCUGUGUUGAGCAGCAACUCAAAACUAAGCUUUUUGUUAUUGGCUCUUUUAUGAUUUCUGGCUCAUAGGUUUGAUUUACGUUACUGUGAAACUCAGUCAAUGAGAAGCUCUUAAUAUUUGUGUAGAUUGCCAACUUUCUAAAAAUUAAAGGGUUUUAUUUUUAUUAGUAUGAUACCGAUGGGUCUAAUGAUGACCCAACAGAAGCAAGUCAUCCUCUGAAUGCUGAAGUUUUGCUGGUAACUUCGGUUGUAGGUUUUCUUAAAUUCCUACACAAUGUCAUGGAGAAUCUCACUGGGAAAAUAGAUGAGAUAGGCUGCAUAUAAAGGUGCUUGAGUGGAGUGGUGGUUUUUAUUGGUCUUGGAAGAUACUAUUUUGUCUUUUUUAUGAAUACUUUUGCCAGCGUUGGAGGGGGAAUGUUGUUGAAAGAUUGGAGUAUUUUUUGUCAUUGAGCAAAGUGUAGAAAGAAGGCUGGUCUUUGGAAUGCUGUAUCCUGCUUAUUAUUCAUACAAAGCUGUAAAGACAAAAAACGUGAAGGAAUAUGUGCGGUGGAUGAUGUACUGGAUUGUGUUUGCACUUUACACUGUAACUGAAACAAUAGCAGACCUCAUGAUCUCUUGGUUUCCACUCUACUAUGAGCUGAAGAUUGCAUUUGUUAUUUGGUUGCUCUCUCCAUAUACUAGAGGAGCAAGUUUAAUAUAUAGGAAGUUUCUUCAUCCUCUUCUUUCUUCAAGAGAAAGGGAAAUUGAUGAAUAUAUUGUGCAAGCCAAAGAGCGUGGUUAUGAAACGAUGGUUAACUUUGGUAAACAAGGCUUAAAUUUAGCUGCUACUGCCGCAGUGACUGCAGCUGUGAAGGGUCAAGGGGCAAUAACUGAAAAGUUGCGGAGUUUUAGUAUGCAUGACUUAACAGCUAUACAAGGAGAUGAACCAGUGGGACAAAGACGCUACCAAACGUUACCUGAUACAAAAAAGAGAGGCAAAAGCACCACCACCAAUGAAGCUUUAGGUUACAGUAUUCCAUUAAAAAAAGAUUCUGAAGAUGAUAAGACAGAUGAGGAGAGGGAAGGGACCUAUUCAGAAGAUGAGAUAUUUGUUCAGAGAGGUCUCCGGCGAACGCAAAGUAUGAAAUCAGUAAAAACGAUCAGAGGCCGCAAAGAGGUGCGGUAUGGCUCAUUAAAGUACAAAGUGAAGAGAAGACCACAAGUGUACUUCUAAGUGAUCUUCACAAAUCAGCUUGUCAAACUGCUAUAUUAGUUGCUUCCUGCAGGUCCACAAUAGGCCUGAUCCUGUGCAGGACUUCCACUUUUUCUGAACAUGUGUGGAUUCCCAUUACCAGUGUAGAGCACUUCCCAGAUUAUUGAAGAGAAAGAGGAAAAUCUGCAUGCAAAGAGUUCUGCGUGCAUAUCUGAGUUACUGGCCACUGUGUUUAAGAUGUAUACAUAACAAACAUUCAAUCAUAGUGGUAAGAAUAUAUUGCUUUAAAGAGUGGA